AUCAUUAAGACAUAACAAGCCCUAACGCUCCGCGUUCUCUAUAUAAGACCCAGCCGGAAGCGCCCCAAAGUCUCAGAGGAAAACCUAGCGGCCGCGAUUCCUUGUACACUCGCGUGCCCCUCCGCGAUAGCCCAGGGAAACUCGAUCCAAGAUGAAGUUCAAUAUCGCGAAUCCUACCACUGGGUGCCAGAAGAAGCUUGAGAUUGAUGACGAUCAGAAGCUUCGUGCAUUUUUUGACAAGAGGAUCUCUCAGGAGGUCAGCGGAGAUUCCCUUGGUGAGGAGUUCAAGGGCUAUGUUUUCAAAAUCAUGGGAGGCUGUGACAAACAAGGGUUUCCCAUGAAGCAGGGAGUGCUGACCCCUGGACGUGUCCGUCUGUUGCUGCACAGAGGAACACCUUGCUUCCGUGGAUAUGGCAGGCGCAAUGGAGAGCGCAGGAGGAAAUCUGUUCGAGGGUGUAUUGUCAGUCCUGAUCUUUCAGUUCUGAACUUGGUUAUUGUUAAAAAGGGUGAGAAUGAUCUGCCUGGAUUGACUGACAUCGAGAAGCCUAGAAUGAGAGGACCAAAGAGGGCCUCCAAAAUCCGGAAGCUGUUCAACCUCUCAAAGGAGGAUGAUGUGCGCAAAUAUGUCAACACAUACCGCCGAACUUUCACUACUAAAUCAGGUAAGAAGUGCAGCAAGGCGCCCAAGAUUCAAAGGCUCGUGACUCCCCUGACACUCCAAAGAAAGCGCGCCAGAAUUGCCGAGAAGAAGAGGAGGAUCGCCAAGGCUAAGGCAGAAGCAGCUGAGUAUCAGAAGCUUCUUGCAAUGAGGCUCAAGGAACAGCGUGAACGCAGAAGUGAAAGUCUGGCGAAGAGGAGAUCUAAGCUCUCUGCUGCCUCCAAGCUAUCUGCUGCAGCUUAGAUACAAGGUCGUUUAACCGGAAAAAAAAAAAUGUUUGGAUGGUAGCUGUCAUUUUGACCGCAUGCAUAUGUUCGUUAGUUUGGUUGGUGGUUGGGAUUUUGUGUCGGACUAGAGUCCGCACUGUUUUUUGAAUGUUGCAUCUCAGUAUGUUGGGAUUCUGCCAUAUGGUAUUUAAUGCUCUUUGCCUCUGAA